AUUUUCUCCACACCAAUCGCUUAAGAAACGAAGGGUUUCUGUAUCCUUUAUGAAGGAACCAUCGAUCGCCUCCAUCUUUUCUUCUCCCUCUCGCAAAGAUCGACGGCCUACUCCUUAAUUGCCGGUUGCCGGCCGGCUUCUACUCCGGCCGUUGAGUACCAAAUACAGGCCUAGCAUAGGUUGGGGUUGCUCUAGAUGAGAAUCUGGCUGUUAACGGUGUUUAUGAUCGCCGGAUCCAGCCCGGUCUGAGAAGCCGCCGAUUCCUUGCAUGGCCUCGGCUAUCCUGGCAAGCCGGAAUGAGUCGUAUUGGGGAGAGCAGAAGGUUUAUAUGAAGAAAAACCCUAAUUCUAAUCAUAGCCCAAGGCUUUUUCCCAACGCAAACCCUAACCCUAACCCUAACUCUAACCCUAACCACAUACCCUAUCCUAACGUCCGAGGCGGCUAUGAAACUAAUCAACGCAAUGAGAAAGAUGACGCCUUUGUUGCGGCAGGACCUGCCUUUUCUGAGGAUUCCUCCUCAUUUAACUGGGAACCAAUCAGCCGGGCUGUUGAAUUUGGAGGCGCUUCUGCUAACUAUGUCAGUUUCAACAUCUCGAGCUUGUCAAAGAAAGAUCUACGGGAUUUGAAACGGAGGCUGGUUUCUGAGCUGGAGCAGGUCCGAAGCGUCACAAGCAGGAUUGAAUCACGAGAGCUCCAAUCCUCGGCUAGAUCUGUGGGAUACUCUGCUUCUGGGAUCUAUUGCAGCAGCCGUGAGGUCACAUCCCCUGCUGCACUUCAGCAGAACCAUCUUUCCCAGCCUGGGUCUUUCAGCGAAAAGGAGGUCAAAGUUUCAGAGGCCAAAAGGGCACAUCUGUCUCCGCUGCCCAACAAGGAAUUGUUUGGGAUGGCAAUGUCGACUCUCUCUCCAAGAGCUGCGUUGGAUUCCAAGAAUCUUCUUUCAGCCAUUAUGAAGAAGUGCACACAGAUCCUGGCAAGGCUGAUGAAACAUAAGGGAGGUAUGUGGUUUAAUUCCCCGGUAGAUGUGCAGGGGAUGGGAUUGCAUGACUACCGGCUGAUCAUUAAGCAUCCAAUGGACCUUGGGACAGUUAGAUCCAAGUUAAAAAAUGGCUUGUAUAAGACACCCUUAGAUUUUGCAGAGGAUAUCAGACUGACCUUUAACAAUGCUCUUAUCUAUAAUCCAGAAGCUCAUGAGGUACAUAAAUUGGCAGCAAUGCUUCUCCGUCAGUUUGAGGGUCUUUUUGGACCAGCAUAUGCCAAGUAUGAAAAGCAGCUGGUUGGCAUUGCCAAGCAAAUGGAAGAGAAGCAGCUGUGCUCUUCUUGGAACCCCCACCCGGUUUCUGAGAAUUCAAUGAGAGCAGAUUUGAGACCUGUUCUAUCUCCUCCACCAAUUCGAUCGCCGGCUCCUGUUCACCCGCAGCAGCGAAUCCAUUCUAACCAAGUUGGCUCGGCUUCUUUAUCAUCACCUCACCAUCUUCAACCACCGCAGCAGCAAUAUCCCAUCACUGCUAGAACGAUAGGAACAAAGCUACCAAAGCCCAAGGCCAAAGAUCCAAACAAGAGACCUAUGAGCUUUGAAGAGAGGCAAAAAUUAAGCUUUGGGCUACAAAGCCUGCCAGAGGAGAAAAUGAGUCAAGUAUUACAGAUUGUCAAAAAGAGAAAUGUUGACACUCAACAAGAUGGCGAUGAGAUUGUUCUAGACUUCGAGACUAUGGAUACAGAGACGCUUUGGGAACUGGAUAGAUUUGUUUACAACUGCAAGAAGACGCUGAGCAAGAUCAAGAGGCAAGAAGCCUUAGCUGGAAACAUCGUCUCUUCUGCUCCAACCUCAUCAGCUGCCCAACCAUCAGUUCCGGCUGAUGCAAGCCACAAGUCACCUAUUGCCGAUGACACAACUGCCAAGAGGUGCAAGAAAGGUGAUCCUGUUGAUGAGGAUAUUGACAUUGGUGAGGAGAUGACAUCGACCAAUUAUCCAUCUGUUGAGAUUGAAAAGGAUGAUGGGCAUGCCAGUAGCUCCAGCAGUUCUGGCACCGAUUCCUCUUCUUCCAGUGAUUCAGAUUCGGGGAGUUCAUCUGGAAGUGAUUCUGAUGAUGAAGAUGGGCGCUCGCCAGUUAGACAUUCUGGAUCUUGUCCGCCUAACUAACAUAGGUAAGCAUGCUGCCAUUAGGACGAUCUUAUAAAGUUUCUCUCUUUUUUUUGGUUUUGUUUUUGGAGGGGGGGGAUUUGUGGCUCUAUGUUCUGGUGUUAACGUUAGCUCUUAGCUAGAGAUUUGGGUAGAUAAAGUUUGAGUAAUUGAUGUUUUCACUUGUGUAUCUUAUGAUGUAAAAAGAAAGAAGGAAAAAGUGAAAAGAAACGGCUAGGGUAGCUCUGUGUUUUUCUGAAUUCCCCUCUUUUUGCUUACAGUGUAGCUUUUCUAUAACUCCUGAGCUUAAUUGAUUGAAGCAACACUGUGUGGCUUAUUGUGACUCUGGUUAUCUUA